GCGCCCCUAAACCAACGUACUGACAACGCUACCUCCCCGGAAAUCAAACUUUAACAGAAACGAAGUACUGUAAAGACAUGCCCUCUCCCUGAUAUUGAUGAUGAAGGACGGCAUCAUGUCGGUCGCAGAAACAGAAGAAGAAUUCAGUCCAAUUCAGGAAUCCAGUCCAAGUGAGGGACAAGAUGAAAGAUGCUCUUUUGAGAAUAUGCAAACAGAGCUGCACUGUAAAGGUGCUUUGCUUACGAAGGCGUGGUCAGACCUGUUUUGUUUCAUUACAAAAUAUCAGGCAGAACUUGUGAUGAAAGAAAAUUCCGUUGAAAUAGCAGAGAAGGAAAUUAAGGAGAGGAAAAAGCAGUUGGAAGAAAUGAAAACAGUUGCUGGUGAUGAUGAGAACUUACAUGAUGUGAUUUGUGCAAAGGAAAGACUGCUGAGGAAAGCACAAUCCGAACUUUCUGUCAAGGACAGGAUGUUGCAAAGGGUGCAGUCCGACUUGUCCAGUAAUACAGAACUGUUAGAAAAAUCUGAAUGUGAUCUGUUAAAGAGACAAAAUGAGCUUGUGCGAUAUCGAGGGAAUGUUGAACAGUUGAAAUCUGAGUUGAAAAUUAAACAGGAACAAAUACUUAUCAAAGACACUUUGCUGAAAAAGUUACAGAAUCAACUCAUGAAGGAGAAUGCGGAGCUGAAAGAACAGUUGGAGCUUGAACGACGGGCGCUGCAGUUAGAGAAACAAUCUCAUGACUUGACAAAAAGAACCAUGUUGUCGCCGGGGCAGAAGCGUGCAAGGACCACUGCUCCUUCUGGUGUGAUUGAGAUCCCAGAUUCACCUCCAACCCUCGACCUCCCAGAUGAUCAUGAUUUUGGAUUGUCCAACAUUGUCUCAAUGGCCGAAUCGCAAGCAGAAUCCUCCAAACGGGACCGAAGAAUAUCCUCACGACUGCCAAGCAGUGUGACAAGUGCAUCUCAGUCAUACUCUGAUCAUUCCAGCCGUUUGCCCCACAUGCCCCCUGCCGAUGCUUCAUCUCAAAUAAGUCCUGCAAUGCCUCAAAGAGUCACCCAGUUCCCCAAAACAUUUAUUGGCUCAACUAGUGACAAUGGGACGGUCAGUGAAACAAUUGCUAUGACAACGAGUGACACGUUUUUCCCACUUAGUGUAUCCGAGGAUACAAAGUCUGGUAUUGACAUUUUGGGUGGUAUGAAAAUAGACGCUGACAUUCAAGGUGGUGUGCCUCAAUCGGCGACCCCUAGCUCAGGUACAAGUGAUAAUGAAGGCCCAAUGUCGGUCCCUGGGCCAAUUGCAAGUCCAGGGAUGUCUCCAGAUGGCGGAGCAGACGGAAAGGGGUCCUGGAAACGAUCGCGUGGUCCUCAUGUCUGCGGAGAAUGUGGCAAGGUUCUGUCGUCUUCUCAGUCGCUCACUGUUCAUUUAAGAUUACAUACCGGGGAGCGACCAUUUCAAUGUUCCAAGUGUAACAAGAGUUUCGUUCAGAAGGUGAAUCUUCAAGUUCAUAUGAGGACUCACUCGGGCUAUAAGCCGUUCGCUUGUCGGGACUGUGACGCCAGGUUUACUCAACAGAAUGGAUUACGAAUUCAUAUCGUCAAGAAACAUCCUAAUUUUAAGAAGUCUGCCAGCUUGCUUUAAGCAAAAUUCUGGCCAAUCCUAUCUGCCUGUAGGUUGGAAUGGCAUAACUUGUGGAUCUGUUCCUAAAAGGUUUUGGCAUUCUGAACAUCAUGAAAAUAACGUCUUACUUCCAUUUUAAUACUCAAAAGAAAUCAUUUUGACCAUUUUCAUCAUGUCUGUUCUUGGUGUAUGUGUCUUUGUGUGUCUUUAGUCUGCUUUUGGUGUUGCAGACUUGACUCAGUGUUGUCCCCCUACAGUGUCCUCAAUUACAUUCAUCAGAGAUAGGCCGGGUUUACAAAGCAUUCAUGUCACGUGUCCCAGCUUGAACUGUACAUUGUAUGUAUCCCACCUCUGUCACGUGUCACAUGUGAAAUAUCACGAGGAUAAUUGACUUUAAGCUUGAAUGACAAGAGAGAGCAUUAGCAAAGUGACUCUGUGAAAUGUCAGUAGCCCACUCUUGGGGAAAAGACUUGCUAAGUCUUAAGAAGUGACAACUUACUGAUAGUGACAGCGUGAACUCUUUGUGAACCCAGUCUUCGAGGCAGGUUAAGUGCCUUAUUCAUUAUCUGCUUGAAUUGUUUGUGCAUGUUGUAGGUUAUCACUGGCUUGUGUACUGUAUCAUUGUUUCUUGUUUGUAUAUACAGUAGAACCUCUCUAUUGUGUACACCGUAGGGACUGAGAGUUGCUGUCCUUUAUAAACAGGUGUCCCAAUACCAGAGGGCAAAUUGAAUGAAAAUGACCAAUUUGGCACCAAAAUCAGUGUCCUCCAUAGAUGUUCAGUUUACAACAAUAAAGGGGUUUACACUGAACGUGAUAAAGGACAACUCGGUGGUUAAAAAUAAAUCAAAAUUAUGACCAGAUUUUCAGAGUUCAUUAUUCUGAUUGUUGUUAUGCAUGCCCAAACUUUCCGUGAAUGUAAGUUCACCCUCUUUCUGUAUUCUAAGGUCAAUUGCUGUGUCAUAUAAGGUGAGAAUAUAUAAUAAAAAGAUGGUUAAAAUAUUGGACUUUUUCUGUCAUUUUGUUUUUGGGAUGCGCUUCCUCUAUGAGAAAAGGGGUUGCCCUUGUAAUGAUCACAAUGAGCUGCUUAUUCAGUGAUACAAUCGAGCAUUUCUAACCAGUACCACUACCACCACCACCACCACUACCACCACCACUACCACCACCACUACCA